AUGGACGUCGAGCCCAAACCCAACAUGAGGAUCGUCGCGCGUACUAUGACCCGCGGAUCAAGUCUGGAGCACUUCCCCAACGAACGCCCAUAUAGCCCAACUUCAGUCGAGACGAAAGUACCUAAUGGUGCUGCCUCUCCUACGAUGGGCUGUAUACCGAGUAAGCCUCCGCCCGAACCAUCUGCGCCAACCAGCAAAUCCGCUCCCAAGCCUAAUGAGGCAUCUGGUGCAUCAAAUAUCCAACAUAUUCCCGAGGUGACUGUUCACGAGGCUACACCUACUCAUAGCCGGAAGAGUACAGAGCCACCGAAACUUGAAGACAAGAGAGCAAAGGACACAGGCAUUGCCAACGCUGAUGGCUCGGCGAGUGGAGGAACAGGCGGGACUGCCGCUGGAGCAGUCGCAACAGGUGCUGCUGGAGGAGAUGCCGGUGGUAGCGGAGGAGGAGGAGGAGGAAGGAGGAGGGUGGGGGAGAAUAGAAUGGCAAGUUCUGGAUACCCCACCCGGAUGAACUAUGCAAAGCUAGGUGCGCUGUACAAAUACUCCUGCUGUCUGUAA